CGGUUGUCCAAGAUCGAGGAAAGCCAAAUUUUAGCCAUUUUGCACUCCAGGCCGUGACGUGGAAUUAAAAUAUUCGGGGGUGGAGGGACACGCUUGGCGUUGGAACCCUCUAAAAACAAGUUAAGAACACUUUAUAAAAAAAAAGGAAAAAAAAAGAAGAAAAGAAGAAAAACAAGUUUGAGGGGGGGGGUUAUUUUUAUUCAUUCAACCAAUCAAUCAAUCUACCAACCAAUCAAUCAAUUGAAUCGAUUUUGUUGAUUCAUUGGUUGGUGGGUUAGUUGUACAAUUUGAUUGACUGAUUGGGAAAAAAAAAAAAAAAAAAAAAAAACACCUAGAGGAUGGGGGAAAUGAGAAUGACGUUAUGGAGGAGUAGGGGUUAGGGGGGCUGCAACGAUGAAGAAAGAUGAGGCUGCAACGAUGGGGGAGGAGGAGGUGGAGGAAGGAGGGAAGGAUUGCAACGAUCAAGGAGGAGCAACAAGAAGAGGGGGGGAAGAAGGAGGAGGACGAGUAGAAUGGAGGGGGGGAGGGGGCACAAUGAUGGAGGAGAAGGAGAAGGAGAAGGAGAAGGAGGAAGUCGAGGAGAUGGACUCGGAGGACGAGGAGAAAAAAGAACGGAACGAGGACAAGGAAGAAGGGAAGACGGAGAUGUAUGAGAUGAUGAAGAGGAAAAGGAGGAGGAGGAAGUGGGAGAAGAAGAGUACAAGCAAGAAGAAGAGGAGGAGAGGACGAGGAAACGAUGAGGAGGAAACACCAGUAUGGUGGACGCCUACUUUGCAAGUGUGUGACGACAUGAUGGGAAAAGAAAACUUGGACGAGGAGGGAAGCACAGGGUUACCGUAUUGAAAGAAGGGAGUAGGAGAAAGAAAAGAAUGCGGAGGAGGAGGGGGACGAAGAAGAGCAAUAGAACGA